CACUGUACCCUCCUCACGGCUUGUUCUUCAGAGAGGCUCUGACUGCCAGUCUCUCCGCUUCCUCUCUCUCUCUCUCUGCCUCUGUUCCUCCCAUCCCUUCUGUGCUGAGAAACUGUGAUGUUACAAAUCCCUUCCAAGGACCUGCAUGUACAACCACUAACACACAGCUGCCAGCUAUAGCCUUCAGCAGCGACAGGCACCCUAAUCACCACUGACUCACAUCUCACCCUGCCAUGGCAUCAUCACCAUAAGGGGAACACUGCUCCAUCAGCUGCAGGAAAGCCAGGAGUCGUUUGGUUUCCUUAUCAGUUCCCAAAGUGGGUUGAGGAGGAGCUUGUCUUUUCUAUUUCUUUUUGCUGUUUGGGGAUGGUCACAGAAGACAGACCCAAGUGUGGGAAGUGCUGGAGGAAACCCUGAAGUCAAUGACAGGAUACAGGACACUGCAAACACUAAUGGCACAAUAGUCCCUGAGCUUUUAGGACGUAUUUGUGUGUUUUCCUGGAGCUGAGCUGGGGAAUAUAGGAUUUCACCGGAGAUUGUUAUCACUUGUGCUGCUGCUCCAGCCAGAGGAUGCAUAGCCGGCUGGUCUUCUGCUGCUGGGCGCUGAUCAUCCAUUUAUCCUGCGCUACCAAGACCGAUAAAUGUGGAGAUACUAUAAAAAUCAAGGAUCCCGGCUAUGUUGUCUCCCCUGGAUAUCCAAUAUCAUACCUCCCAAACCAGAGAUGUGAAUGGGUUAUACAGGCCCCAGAACCAUACCAGAGGAUACUCAUCAACUUCAACCCUCACUUUGACUUAGAGGAGCGAGAGUGCAAAUACGACUACGUGGAGGUCUUUGAUGCAGACAAUGCAAAUGGCCGCUCCUUGGGCAAAUUCUGUGGGAAGAUUGCACCAUCAGCACUGAUCUCCACCGGACCUUCUUUGUUUAUCCGAUUUGUCUCAGACUAUGAAACACAUGGAGCUGGAUUCUCAGUCCGCUAUGACAUUUAUAAAACAGGUCCAGAGUGUUCCCGGAACAUUACGGCAGCCAGUGGAGUAAUAAAGUCUCCGGGAUACCCUGAGAAAUACCCCAAUGCCUUGGAAUGUACUUAUAUCAUCUUUGCUCCAAAGAUGUCAGAGAUCAUAAUGGAAUUUGAAGGAUUUGAAUUGGAGUCAGACUUCAAUGCUCCUGGGGGGCGUUCCUGCAGAUAUGAUUUCUUGGAAAUAUGGGAUGGGUUUCCCGGAGUGGGUCCUCAUAUUGGGCGUUAUUGUGGUCAGAACACUCCGGGACGUAUUCGUUCCUCAACUGGAAUACUCUCCAUGUACUUUCACACGGACAAUGCAAUCGCAAAGGAAGGAUUCUCUGCUAAUUUCACCGCCUUGCCGAGCAGCGCAGAAGAAGAUUUUGAGUGCAAAGAACCCCUAGGAAUGGAAUCUGGGGAGAUCACUUCGGAUCAAAUCACAGUGUCCUCACAGUAUAGCACCAACUGGUCUUCAGAGAGGUCAAGGCUGAACUAUAAUGAGAAUGGAUGGACACCUGGCGAGGACACAGUUAAAGAAUGGAUACAGGUAGACCUUGGAUUGCUCCGAUUUGUCUCUGGAAUUGGAACCCAGGGAGCUGUAUCUAAGGAAACAAAGAGGAAAUAUUACGUGACAUCAUACAAAGUUGAUAUAAGCUCUAAUGGAGAGGACUGGAUUACACUUAAAGAUGGAAAUAAGCAUCUGAUAUUUACAGGAAACAACAACCCCAUCGAUGUCCUUUAUAGAGCUUUUCCCAAGCCUGUCAUCACGCGGUUUAUUAGACUCCGCCCUGCGACUUGGGAGAAUGGUAUAUCGCUGAGAUUUGAAAUCUAUGGCUGUAAAAUAACAGAUUAUCCAUGCUCUGGGAUGUUGGGAAUGAUUUCAGGAUUUAUAACCGAUUCUCAGAUUACAGCCUCUAACCCAGAGAACCGCAACUGGAUUCCUGAGUAUGCUCGCCUGGUGACCAGCCGCUUUGUUUGGGCACUCCCACCCGCAAACAGUCACCCUUAUACCAAGGAAUGGAUCCAGAUUGACCUUGGAGAAGAGAAAAUUGUGCGUGGCAUUAUCAUUCAAGGUGGUAAACUUAAGGAAAACAAAGUGUUCAUGAAAAAGUUCAAGAUCGGCUAUAGCAAUAAUGGGACUGAAUGGGAAAUGAUCAUGGACUCCAGCAGGAACAAGGUGAAGACAUUUGAAGGCAAUGUAAAUUAUGAUACUCCAGAAUUGCGGACCUUUGCACCCAUAACAACCCGAUACAUCCGUAUAAUUCCAGAACGAGCUUCUGUGUCAGGUCUGGGCUUAAGACUGGAACUACUGGGCUGCAACAUUGAAGUACCUACGUCUAUUCCUACCACACGGAACAUCAUUGUUGAUGAUAAAGACUGUGAGGAUGGCGAGCUUAUUUGUCCCAGUGCAACAAGUGAAGACUACAGGCUGACAGCUGAAACUACAAUGCAGAGUACAGAUAUACCAACCAGAGAAGGCAGCACUGAGUCAGAUCCUCCACAAAGUGAUCUUGAUUGUACGUUUGGAUGGGGAUCACAUAAAACAAUCUGUCAAUGGGAACACGAUAACACCCCAGGCCUCAAGUGGAUAGUACUAAACAGCAAAACUGGCCCAGUGCAGGAUCACACAGGAGAUGGCAAUUUCAUAUACUCUGAAGCUGAUGAAAGACACAGAGGUAAAGUCGCCCGCUUGUUAAGUCCCAUGGUCGCCUCCUUGAAAUCUGCCCAAUGCAUGACAUUCUGGUACCACAUGUCCGGGUCCCAUGUUGGCUCUUUGAGCAUCAAACUGGAGUAUGAAAAACAAGAAGGAUUUGAUCAGCUGCUGUGGAUUGCUAGUGACAGUGAAUAUCACGACGACCACUGGAGAAAAGCUCAAGUUCUCCUGCACAAGUCGAUGAAACGAUAUCGGGUGGUUGUUGAGGGCACAAUUGGUAAAGGAAGUACUGGAGGAAUUGCUGUGGAUGAUAUUAUUAUUGCCAAUAACAUUGCUCCUGAACACUGCAAAGGCUCUGAACCAUCAGAAUCUGGACCAGGAACUGAGGAUAUUACACAUAAUAAACCAGGAAUCACACCUAAUUAUCCUGGCAAUGAAAAAUUUAACGAGAGCAUCUCCAAGAAGCCAGGCAGUGUACUCAAGACAUUGGACCCCAUUCUUAUCACCAUCAUUGCAAUGAGUGCCCUGGGAGUGUUACUAGGUGCCAUAUGUGGAGUUGUCCUGUACUGUGCCUGUUGGCACAAUGGAAUGUCAGACAGAAACUUAUCUGCCCUAGAAAAUUACAAUUUCGAACUUGUGGAUGGUGUCAAGUUGAAAAAGGACAAACUAAACACACAGAAUUCAUAUUCAGAGGCAUGAAGCAGCAAUAGGAAAAUAAUGUUGCAGAUACAUUCAGUGGAAAGACUAAAGUCAUUUUUGGUGGAAACGCACCGAUGAUCUUUUACUGUUUAGGCUACAAAAUGCGUUGGUUGACGUGAAGCCAAACUUCUCUCAGGAGCUUCAGUGAAUAUACCUGAAAACUAUGAACGUAUAUACAAUCUGAAUCAUGUACAGCUGGCUUUUUCGUUUUUGUUUCUGUUAUGUUUUUUUUUUUUUUUAUAAUUAGAUGCUGGUGUUGAGACCAAUUAUGAUCAAUUUUAUGGUUUUGUAAACUCUGUUUCGUUUUGUUGCGUUCUCCUGCUGCGGAUAAUUCUUGGUUGUGCACAGAACCCAAAGUGCUGAAACAAAAUGAUCCUGAGCGAGGUUCUUUACAUGGACACAUAGUGGUGUGUGCCCUCACUCCAAUUUAUAGGACUCACAGCACAAAUCUUUUCAUGUUUGUGCAUAUUUGUAUGUGCUGUAACAAAGGCUUUGGAAGUUCUAAAAUGUGCCACCAUGAUGUUUUUGGGCAUUUUUAAAGCAAAGCUAUCCAUUAUUGUUGUGUUUCAGUGUUGUUCUGAAGCAUAGUGCUUAAAACGUCUUAACAGUACAUGCACCAUCAUCAAAUGGAAUGGGCAAUAGAGGGUAUGACCUACCCUUAAAGAAUUGAUGUUGGCACUGGCUUAGUGGAUGUCCUCUCAAGUGCCUUUUUGUGUUUGUGUUAGUUUUGACUGUGUUCUAUCUGAUUAUAAAAAUGUUUUUGGGAUUUUUUUUGAAUGUUCAUAUAGGCCCUUGUCUCUUACUGUGUACUACAGUGGCCAAAAAUCUUAUCCCCUAUGGCCUAUAAAAAGGCAAGGGCUAUGGUUGAACCAUCAACUCGGCUAAAAAGCUUUUAUUUCUGAAUAUUUUUUUAGUUUAUUCAUGUUUAACUCUAAUCCACAACUUUACUGUAAAAAGCUGCAAUAUCCCAUUUCUUUUGUUUCCUCUGUAGAAUGUAUUUAACAAUUUAUACUCAACUCUGAGUAGACAAUGUAAUUUUUUUUUGCCGUAAACUCAUAGGCAAAAUGUAGCUCUGUCGCUCAUACAAGUGAUACAGAGAUCAUACUUUUGUUAAAUCAAAUAAGGGAAAUUUCAUACAUUAACCCUACAAAGUCUAACUUUGGCUUUCUAUCAGGAUGUCAGAAGCCUCGGUAUCAUUUUUCCCAAAAAAAAAUAAAAUAAGCAAAACUUAAGGGAUUAGUUUCCCGGAGCAAAGAGCAAUGAUGUGCUGUAACCCACAACAGCCAAUAAGGUGACAGCUUUUAAUAGUGUAGUGAAGUCAUGCGAAUGAGAGCUGUUGUGGUUGUUGUGUGUUACAGCGCAAAAAUGCCAUUUGCACUAUGUUAUUGAAUAAGCGUCACAAGUUGAUGUUUUACGUUUAUCAGUAAAAGAAGUACUGAACAAUCUUGUGUAUUGCCCACUGUACUUGAGUUAAUGAAUAUGUAGUAUUAGUUUAGUAUCAUCUCAUGAUACAAUGCAUCAAGCAGAGAGAAAAAGGGUUGUGACAAAUAUUACUGUUCUAAAAAUGAUAAAUAUGCCAUAAAAAAAAAUUGGAUCAAUAAUAAUGAAAAUCCAGGUUAUCAUUGUGCUAGGAAUUGGUGGUAUUGCUGAGAAUUUAUCAAUAUUAUAGGAAUUUAUGCAGGGCUGUCCUGAUUUUCAAGGACUGUGUUGCCAUCCUGAAAGUAAGGACUUUCAUGCUGACUCCAUGGGUUGUUGGAAGGUGUCAAUAUUUAGGACCGGGUGUCAUUGGUUCACACGGCAAUACAGGGUUAUUUUUAGGUUAGUGGGGGGAACAUAGUACAUCGGAAGUGCUAGGCAAGCCUAGGACCGUGGCAUGACCCAAAGUGAUGUGACCCCAAUGCAAUAUGACCACAACGUGUCAAUAAUUGUUUGUGAAUUGAUAGGAUGAAUUUUAGUUCAGAACACAAAUCGACUGUCUCCACUGUGUCUACUUAUCAUGUAUAUAUAUGUAUAUAUAUAUAUAUAUAUAUAUAUAUAUAAUAUGGUCAUUGAAUCACAUUCAUCAUUCGCCACAUUUGUUUGUACUGUAUGUUUCAUGGCAGUUUUCUUUUACUGGUGGAAGUUGUACAUUUACCACUUUUAUUUUGUUUUAAUAAGCAGUAGUAUUUUAGGCUCCGCAUAUUCACGAUUAAUAGUUACAUGAAUUCUUAUUUAUUACUUUUUUUUUUUUUAUUAGAUAUUGUACUCCCUCCUUCCCCCAAAUAAUUGUAACUAUUGUCCCUACUCCUGGUGAGUAGAGAAUUGUGAAGCUUUCCUGUGUCGUUCUUAAUUAAUAAUAUAAUUAACCAUUAUAUCAAAAUAACAGCAAGGAUUUCACUAUUGGCUAUUAUAUACUACACUGGCAUUUACCUGGUAACAUCUCAAAAGCAUCACACAAAAAAAGAGACAGUAGAAUAGCUACAUUUCUAUCUAUCCUAUGUCAUCAAAUAGGCAAUGUCUGUCCUAACCAAAUUUGUAAUUAGCAAUAAUUUAACUUAGAAAAUUAAUAUUGCUUCAUUAUGCCUAGAACCAGAGGACUCAAGAGACUGACAUUAUGAAGAUGUGCCUUUAUAAAGGAUGUAAACGAACCUUGGGACUUAUAAAUGUCUCCUCUUUGUCGGGUCUUUUGGACUACAAACCUGGUCAGAAGCCGAAUGAUGUCCAAUGAUCUGAUGCCCUUUACACUACACAAUGCUCUCAAGUUGGAAGACCUUCACAAAGGGACAACAUUAGCAGGAGUGUUUUUUUGGAAGAAACAAGAAGGAUUAGUAGGCAGAACCAAAAACAAUGGCUCGAUUCUUGCAGGGGUUAGCUUAACUAGGGUUAGAUACUCCUUUGUAGAAUCUAAGUGACAUAAUGAAAAUAAAAUUAUACAUUAAUGUCUUAUCAUUGAUAUUAGAUAAAUACAAACUUACUGUAUCAAAUAGGCAGAGGGGUAAAUUUACUAAGAUGGGAGUUCUAUUUAAGAUGGGAUGUUGCCAAUAGCAACCAAUCAGAAUCCAGGUAUUAUAUUCUAGAAGGUGCUAGAUAAAUGAGAAGUAGAUUCUGAUUGGUUGCUAGGGGCAACAUCCCAUCUUAAAUAGAAAUCCAAUUUGCCCCAUGGAGUCUGAAACUUCCUUAUUAUGUUCUGUAGCGACUAAACCCAGAGCCUAGGAAUAUUUAGUAACACUAGUAAUUGACAGAAAAUUACAUUUAAUAAUUUUAGGUGAAUAAUUCCUAUAAAUAAAUAACUAAAAAAAUAAAAGCUUUUAAACAGCGCCCACUCAUUGCUGGACACUAUCAUUUUAAUUUAAACUUUUGGGCACUUUCGCCAGCCUCUUCAUGUAUAGUUUGUAUAUUGUCUUCAUUUGCAUUUAUUCAUUUUGCUGAAAGUUUAUGGCAAAAUAAAUAAAUAAAUCAAAAGCAACUUUUGUCCAUAAUAUAUUUCAGCACUCGCUCAUAUCUGCAUGAGUUGAGGUGAACAGUGGAAAAAUGAUACUGAAUCUUUAGAACCGAGAGAAAGGAACCUUGCACUGAAAUCUAUAUUUAAAAUUCUAUGUUGAUAAUGUUAUUAACCCUUUUAUCAGUCAAAGAGGGCAGUAUCUGUUUGCGUGGCAGGUCGUUGCCGCUCUCUCUUGCUGGGGUAAAGGGGUUCGUUUGUAAAGGCAGUGUUAAAGAAAAUUGUUCAUUUAUAUUUGUUUUUAAUUGUUUCAUAAUUUUUAAAAUGUAAAAUAACAUAUUUUUUUCUUUAUUGAAAACUAUUAAAAAAAACUUUUCUGUAGUAAAAUGAUUUCAUUUUACUGGUAUAUUAUUGCUUCAUGUUUUGUAUCAUCAUGAACUUUUGUGCAAAUUUUUUUACAGAAAUUUUUAUUUUAUAUGACAAUAUGACACUUGUAAACUGUUGUUUUGGAAUGAACUGCAAAGCCUUAACUUUGAAUGACAUUUGUAUUCUUGGACAUUGAAUUGCAUAAUAUCACAUAAAAUAGAACUGUAAUUUAAAUCCCAAACGAUGACUACUACAUUCCAAAGAUACAGUUGAAAUAAACAUUUUCAUAAAAUA